CAUUUUUCGUUAUUUGCCAACCAGUGCGACACAACGGCUAUUGAGCUAUCCCCGCAAGCAAAUAUUGACAACAAAUAGCGAUAGAAAGAGCGCAGAUGGAGGGUAAUUUACAUGGUGCCAACAGCGUGGAGACGGAGGCACGGGUGGAUGUACCUAAUACAAACCAACAACCUCGCCGUAAAUCACGCGCGGAUAACUCAUCUGCAAAGGGAUUCAAACGUGCAUACAAAGCUUGCGUGCGUUGUCGGAUGAGCAAGGCUAAAUGCGAACUUCCACAAACUGGGGAUAGCUCUCUGCCAUUGGGAUCUUGCAUGAAAUGCCAACGGGAGAGAAGAAAGUGCGAGUUCACGGUUACUAGAUCCUCAAAAAAACGUCAAAAGCCUUCCAAUGUCCAGCCGGAUAGCCUCGACUCUGAACGGCCCCAUCAUGUUCAUCCCCCGUCUACUGACCACUCUAGAACUGCCGAAAAUGUCACAAAUUCCGACGACGACGACAACGACGACGACAAUCAAGCGCAUGGAGGAGACUCCCAGUCUUCAUUUGACUACAACUCACACCAAUCACAUAACAGACAAGAGUUCCAGGGGUCUCCUAGAAGUAACUGGUUAAAUGCGAGUUCUAUAAUAGAACCACACAAAUCAGCAGACGCUGAUGGCUCGGAUUCGGAACUGUCGAGUACAUCCAAACGCCCAAGACGCCAAAGUAUGAUACAAAGAUCUGUAUUGAGUAAUCGAGUCAUGCGAACAGUCGUCUCUUCUUCAAACGACGCCCUAGGUCUUCUUUUCGAAGCAGUUGAGCAAGAGCAAAACGGUUCAUUCAGCGGCGGCUUACAAGCUCUUGAAACUAAUACUAACGGAUCUCAUGCUUCCCAACAUCCAGCUCAGCAUAUAAGUCCCCAUUCAGCCAUGUCAACUGUUUCAAAACCGGGACCAAUUCUCCAAAACGAGCUCUCAUCUGCAACCCCUGAAAUAUUAAGGCUCUGGAACCGAUGUCGCUUUGUGAAACAAGGGUGGUUUACUGCAAGGGAAGCUAUUACAUAUAUUGACUUGUUCUUAAAAAACUGUGCUCCUCAUACGCCAAUCUUAACGGAUUACUAUUUUCAUCAUUCAAACCAUCAUGCUCUUGUUACAGAAGAACCCCUUCUAUGUUGUACAAUACUCAUGAUCUCUUCUCGCAUCCAUGUUUUACCGGGCAUGGGCGGUAUCUCCCGGGCCCAUUUUAUUCAUGGGCGGCUCUGGCAGCACCUCGAGCAUCUUAUCUCCCGUGUGAUCUUUGGCCAGGAAAAGAUUUCGACUGCAAAGACACGAACACUUGGUACUAUAGAGAGUCUAUUGCUCAUGACGGAAUGGCACCCUCGAGCCCUUCACUUCCCCCCAGAAAGCGAUGGAUGGGAUUUUGAUCUUCUGGCGAACCCUGAUAUGCCCGAGGGAACAGGCAUGGCGGAUGCUGAAGAUUCCUCGGCACUGUAUCGGUGGCGAGAAGAGGUUUUUGAGCCUGCUAAACGGUCCGAUCGCAUGUCAUGGAUGUUAGUGGGCGCUGCAAACUCUCUAGCACACGAGCUAGGGAUUUUUAAUGACUGGGAUGCGUCCGCUGGUAAGGAAGGUAGUUCGACUCCCGUAGAUGAGAUGCGAAGAUUACGCGCGCGAAUGCUUCUAUACGUCUAUAUUAACCAGCUCGCCGCGCGGCUAGGGUGCACGACGUUGGUACCAGAAAAUGCUUGUCAUACCGUUAUGGAUAAAUCGUUGCUGCCAGCGAUGACAAUACCAGAUCAGCGCUGGUAUUCUUUUAUGACUUGCUGGAUAGAAAUAACCGCAUUGAUGGAGACGGUCACGGAUAUGUUUUUUCCUUCUGCAGCCUUUACACGUCAGCUGCUCUUAAGCGGUCGGUAUAAAGGACUUGUGAAUCAUUUCCAACCCUUGCUAUCACAGUGGAAUGAGAAAUCUAAAAAACUAGAAGGAAUCUCAACGCCAUUUAGAGAUAUCCUCUUUCUCGAAUACCACUAUAUCCGAAUGUAUGUCAAUUCUCUCUCGAUUCAAGCCAUCGUCGAGCGUACAGUCUCUCAAAGCAACAACUCCGCCACCGCUGAGACAGCACCCUAUGAAAGGAGUGCAUCCCAACUGCCUUCCGACGAUCUUCUUGUUACAUCUAUCUCUGCGAGCGAUUACAAUCUUAUCUCAGAAGUCAUUGACGCCAGUGUUCAAAUUCUUAAAAAGUCUAUUUCACUUUCGCAGUUGGGUCAGCUUAUUCACGCUCCAAUGCGCACGUAUGUGCGUAUAGUAUCUGCCUCAAUUUUUCUUCUCAAAGCCAUUUCGCUCGGCGCGCGCAACACCGAUAUCCAGACUUCUCUAGACGUCUUAGAUGAAUUCAUCCAAGCCCUUCAGAUAUCCACCACCGAUGAAGUGCAUCUGGGCUCCCGUUACGCCACUCUCCUUGAACGACAUGUUCGCCGCUUCAGGCGGAACUUCGUGGGGCUAUUCAAGGCUAGCAAGGCAGGACUACAUCGGCCAUCGACGUUAAAUGUCCCGCCAUAUGCGCAGAUGACCUCUUCAUCGCUAAACCACUUAAGUCCAAGGCAGAAUGACCACACGGCUAAUUCAGAUGGGCCCUUAAAUGGCGAGCAAGGGCUGGGAGAGAUGGCGGGGCAAGCCAGAACGUUGGAUUUUGAUGGCAUGCAAUUCACAGGUGAUGGUGGGCUGAACGUUGCCGGCUACUUGGGGGAUGAUUGGCUUGCACAGCCGUUUGACCCCAAUAUUGCGCCGUUUGGCGUAGGAGGCUCGCAAUCCAUGGGUGGGAUAGAUUUGGGUUCUCUAGAUUUUUUGUGGAAUUUGCUUUGAUACCUGUAUUCGUUUCUAUCAGUAACAACGGGGUUCGGUUUCAGGAAUAUGUAUCAAAGAAACUACUUGAGUUUUGUGUAAUAUUAAUGCUUUUAUACAAGUUUGGUAGGUGCUCUGGCUUAAAAUGGUUUGAUUAUGCUGUGCGUUACUAUAUUUGUAGUGCUUGACAACAAUUUGAGGAUAUAUUCAAGCUAAAAGGGUAGAUGGGCAGAUCCAGAAUAUUUAAUGGUGGAUUAUGAGCGCCAUGCCAAUACCACCGCGGCGGAGG